CACACCUGGAACGCAUUCGCGCAAACAAACAACCGAGCUUGAUUGCUUUUGAAGAGAGAGAGAGGAAAACACUCUUCUGUUAGUUUGUCAUUCACAGUCGCUACUUUCAACGACAGCGACGGUCUGCUCCUUUUUAUGUUCCCGUCGCUUUUGGUUUUGUGGAACUCGUUUUGAAUCCUCGUUUCGCUCUCCCUCUCUUUAAAGGCAUUGUGUGGGAACGAUUAUGUUGGAGCCGGAAGAUCCACUGGAAAUAAUUGACUGUGACUCGAAAACGCACGCACCGGACGAUGCGGACAACACUCCUUCAGCGAAACCCGACGCGCCUACGACUACCCCCACCUUGGUAACCGAAAGUUCCGAGCCCGAGACCAGCAGCGCUUCCGACGUGCAUCCUGUUUCGGGAGCUGAAAUGGACUCCGUCUCCACCUUGCCCAACACGGCUCGUCCCGUCCUCGGCACGUCUCUCAAUCGGGAAGCCAUUGCCUCUAACGUCACGGAAGGUGCCAACGCCAUUGCGCAAUUAAUGAGUGAGGGAUUCGCACGUCUCGGCAUGCACUCGUACGGAAUCCCAACGGAACGUCUCCUAGCUCCACCGGCUCUCCGUCAUAUUCAUUCAACACCGCUGGACUGGAGACGAUCCUCUUUGUAUCAAAGGUUCAACGACGAAGAGGACCUUCCUCCUCCCGUACCAUUGGAUCCAUUUCAGCGAUCGACGUCGACCCCCUCGAGCUUUCGUCAGCGCUCCGUUAACAGCGCAUUCGGAGCCGUGGGCAGGGGUGCUUUUGCGUCAUCCCUCUACGGUGGUACCUCCUACGUGGAUUCCGGAUCUGCCUUUGGGCCGGUUCGAUACUACGCCUACGGAUUGGAAGAUAUGGAACGAACGUCCAUUGAAGUAACGGACAUGACGUCCGCCAACACGUCUCUGUCUCUCGCUACCAGUAGCGCCGACAUGCCAGUAGCGCCCAAAAAACCCUCCUUCAAGGCCAAAAAGUAUCUGGCGAAUUUUCCACCCCUGCGGCGAAGGCGACGCCGUGCUUUCAACGGAAGGAAAAAUCCAGUUCCUGCGGCAUCCGUAUCGUCCGGAUCAGCAGAAGGGAAGAGCUCGGAAGGAUCCGAGUCUGCCAGCGCAUUAGAAACGGCCGUUACUGUGGUAACCGAGCCGGCGACCAAUCCGAACAACGACUCGCUUCUAUCGGAAGGCAUGGAAGUUUCCGCUAUGGUGCGGGCAUCCGGAGUAGUAGGCGGUUAUUCUGAAUUUUCCAGGAAAAUGUGCAGCCUAUCGAUAUCAGGAAAGAAUAGUCGAGACAAGGGAAGCGACCCGGACGAAGAGGACGAAAUUGAGACGCGAAUUACGGAGCCGUACCAUGCACUCGACUCCGAUGCCGACGACGACGGCAACUAUCCAAAGAUUGAAACGUCGUUAGGCGAAAGCCCAUCAUCUGUCCCGUCCCCGGUGUACCAGCAAAUCUUGGACGAUCCCUCUCCAAGCCCUUCCGUCGAAACGAGUCCUGUGCAAGAGCUAAAAACACCGAAUAUUCGUAUACAAGUUUCUAACGCAAAAGAGAGGACGACCAGUAAUCGGUCGGAGAGAGGUGUAAAAAGCCCUAGUCCGACCCAAAUAGGUCGGGAAGGGUCAGCUAUAACGGCGCGUUCCAUUGACUCGGAAACGGCAUCCCCAGGAACCACGAGAUCUUCCAAUACCGGAUCAUCUUCUGGACACACUACACAGGGUACCGCAAGCUCGCAUGGUAGUGCCUUGCAAUCAGGAUUGUCAACGAUUUCCGAAACGGAUCGCGAAGUAAUGGAGGCCAACAAACAAGGCCAGAAGCGCAGAUCGCUUCUGAAUAGUCCAGUUACCAGCAAAGUGGAGAACGACGUAACGAGUAUUCAUUCUUCCUCGACGAGCAGUAGUGCAACCUUACACGGAUAUCUUGCUUUGGGUGGAAGCCCUGCAUCACUGCGUGAUGGAGCUGUAAAUGUGCCAGGUGAUCGAUCUUUGGCACUCUCUUCGCGCCGCAGUGGCCGUACGAGCUCAGCAGGCACUCUAGGAAGUGUCUCGUUGGCCCAUACCAGCUCGUCUGGAUCCUCAGAAGAACCUCCUACAUUUGUAUCGUACUUCGAUCGUGAGGGAAACUCCGAUCUCAUGUCAGUUCGAGAAGCGACAGAAUCUUCAUCGCCCCGUGAAGGAGGAGCUGAUCGUGAAGAACGAGAAGGUUCCCCUGCCGAGCUUUUGUGCUAUCCAUCCGUGGUCUUUCAGAUAUCGGCACCGUCUGAAAAGCAGCCGACUGUAGUUCGUCCAGGGAGAAACCGAGGGCGUCUAGACAAAUCGCAAUUGCCACCUCGAAGCCCAGCAAAGGGACUUCGCCCAGCAUCCACGUCUACUCCUCCUCCCCGCAGCUCAGUGUCGCCUAUGUAUCAGCAACUUUCACCUCCACGAAAUAUUGUCGAAAAGUAUUUGCCUACACAAGCCGAGGACUUGAAUAUUUCUCGGCCGCACGCGUGCGUAAUGCGCACAUCUCUUUCGAGCACAGCCCUUAGCGGUCCGUUAAACACCGAAGAGGGGGCACCGGAAGAUCGGCGUUGGUUAGAAGGAGACGCAUUCCCACUUCAAGGAACGACCUAUGAAGAUAAUGGCAUAGAGGUUCUUAAGACGGACUCGAAAGACGAGCACGCAUCUAGCAAGGCAAUGCUUUAA